AUGGAAGAGAAAAUUAUAUUGCGACGUUCGAUGAAGACUUCGGCAUUCGCUGCAACUGUGUUGGCAACGGGAGCUGUUACUGCGUGCCUCAUAACAUUUCCCCUUAUUUUCACAUUUAUUCAGAGAUUUGAAAGUCAAGUUCAAAAUGAUGUUGAGCUCUGCAAGGCAAGAACUCAAGAAAUCUGGAAAGAAAUGAUGAAAAUGCAAACAGAAAAUGAUCAUAGAACAUCAGUUCGUAUGGCUACGGUUCUGUCCAAUAUGAAAAUAGCAGAACUCAAACGUGAUAAGCGCCAGAUUCGAUGUUGCACAUGCCAGCGUGGCCCACCAGGCUUGCCCGGACCUCCUGGCCAAGAUGCACCAGAUGGCCUUGAUGGCAGUGUUGGAGAUAUUGGUUUGCCAGGCCCCAUCGCACAGGCUCCUCUUGAAUAUUUCAAACGAUAUCCCGAUCAAUGUCCAUGUGAUGCACCUCAAGGUCCACCUGGACCUCCCGGAAGACGUGGAUCUCCUGGACCGAUGGGUGAUAGUGGUCAACCAGGAGUUGAUGGUAUACGAGGCGAGCCAGGAUUGCCAGGGCGAGUAGGACCACCAGGUCGUAAUGGGAAUAUAGGACCAAAAGGAUUUCCAGGCCGGCCUGGAUUCGCUCGUCCAGGAGAAUCAGGGCAACCAGGACCAAUGGGACCACCGGGACGUCCUGGAAACAUGGGUCCAAGAGGAUCUCGAGGACCUGUUGGAGUGGUCGGUGAACCAGGUACACCAGGUCAGCCUGGCCCUCGAGGCAAUUCUGGAAUUGUGGGUCAGCCUGGGCCAGUUGGCACGCCAGGUCAUCCAGGAGAAGCUGGAUUUAAGGGAACAUGCGAGCAUUGUCCUCCUGCAAGACUCGCUCCAGGCUAUUGA